GCAUGAUAGAGAUAGAGUUAGAAAGCCUGAACCUGCUGAAGACAUAGAGGAGCCCUGCAGGCCACCACAGCCUCAAGGACAAGAUCCGACACAAGCAAAGGAAACUCUUAGUAGAGGCAUCGUUGAUCAUGUCAAGAAGGGAACACACGGGGUAGACUUCUUGACAACCAGCAAUUGCGGAAACGGUUGCCGAUCACGACCACCGGAGCGGGAGCUUCUUUUUCGGCUUCGAAAUCCUUAUUUUGUAGAAGAACAACAGUUACUGGACUGCUGCCCUAAGGGCCUGGCGGUGGCA